GUGUAGGACCGGAAACCGGAAACCGCGCCAGUCGUCAGCCAGUCGUGGGAGGCUUGGCAGCAGAACGCCGGAAAAGAAGCAGACGAUAAGGUAUAAAGCGUGGCAGUUUGAAUGGUUGUGAGCUGCGAUUAAAUUUGUUUUUUGUGUUUUUCGCCAAAAACUGCGAACGCAUCUGUAAUUUAAUCAAUUAAUCAAUCUAGUGAUUUACUGACGCCAUUUGUGAGUUGGGACCCGUGUCGGUGUGCCGCUGUUGACGAAAGCACGGUAUAAGAAGUCAACGGUCAAGGCAGCUCAAGUUCUUGCGAAUCCUAUUUCAUCAAUCGGGCCACCUCUCACAGCAUAAUUUCUUAACCUCUGCAGCAUUCCCCUCUCCUAAUUCCUUUCGUGCUCGCCAUGCCUCCUAAACGCAGGUCAAAGAAAGGGGUGAAGUUCAGCAAGUUGUCUGAGGAAGAAAAGCAGAAGUUCCUCGAGAAGAAGGCAGCCAUGGAGGAAGAACAGCGGCGCAGGAGGCAGGAGCUCCUCUCCAUUUUCCUCAAGAUCAAACUUACAAAGGAAGAGGAGAUGACCAAGACCAACACUCACAAGCUCAACGAUAGAUGGAGAACAAUUAUGAGGGAUCUAAAAGCGAAGGAACUUAUCGGCGAAAUCGAGACACUGCGUCAGGUGUUCGAAUCGCAGCUGGACAAACGGGACGAGAUCAUCCGGCGACUGUUUAAAGAAAUCGAGGACGGCGACGAGCAGCACAACAUCGCCGUCCGCACGCACAUCGAAAACCUGGAGCGCAUCGUCGACGGCCAUCGUCUUCACCUGCGGGAGGCUCGCACCACCUUUGACGAGCGGCUGGUGACGCUCAACUACCGGUACGAGCGGGAGAUGAAGGGCAUUACCGAGCUGCACACUACUGAUAUGGACAAACUGGGCGACAUCCUGUACAAAAUCGACACGGACAUGUCGGAGGCCGACAAGGAGGCCCGCGCCGAGUUCCAGAGCAAGAAGGAGGAGGUCAAAAAUAAGAACAUCGAGGAGCGCCAGGGUCUGAAGCUGUUCCUAGAGAGUGUGAUCGAGGGUCUCUGGGAUCGAUUUCAGAAGACGCUCCGCACCUACUACGAGGAGACUGAGGGCAGAAGGAAGGCCUUCUAUGAGCUGAAGGCCAGGGAGGAAAACUCAGUCGAAGUUAUCGCCAAUCAGACCAAGAAAAUACAAAACCUUCAGGACGAGAUCAGCAAGUUGCGCUCCCGCCUGGUGGACGGCGCCCAGGAGCACUCGCGGCGUACCAGCAGUCUGAAGGAGGACCGCAACAACAUGAAGCUGUACCUGCGCCGGGUGAAGACGGACGUGGCCACCCAGCGCCGGCAGGAGGACGUCAGGAUGAAACAGCUGACCGUCAUCACCGGACAGGUCAUCAAGCAACUGGAGCUGCGGGAGCGGGACGCCGACCAGAUCAUGAAGCUCUCCGAGUGCUGCAGGAAGCUGGAGACCGAGGAGCAGAAGAUCAUGCCGUUCCGGGAGGCGCCGCUCACCGACCGAGAGAAGCGGAUGCUGGAGGCCUCCGCGCAGGAGCCGGCCCAGGAGCCGCUGGCAGAGGCUCUGACCGAGUACAGCGCGCUGGAGAACUUCUGGCGCCGCUACAACACGGCGCUGCUGGACCGGACGGCACUGGCGCUGCAGAAGGCAGACCUGCGCUCGGAGAACCAGCAGCUGCAGGAGAUGCUCAGAGACUACCUGGAGAACCUGCGAGCCGGCACAGUGACGAAGGCAGAGGGAAUUCUGCCGCAGAUGAAGGCAUCCAGUCUGUCGGUGGCCCCAGCGGCCAGCCGGCGCGCCAGCACAGCUAACGUGAUCGAAGCCGCUCACGUCGCCAAACACCUGCUGCCCAGCUGCUCGCGGCUGCCGCCCUGCUGCCGAUAGGCUUCACAGAGGUACCGGCCCUUCCACUAUAGAUGACGCGCCAGCGCUGGUCGCUACGAGACGGGACAGGGGCGUGUGACAAUGCGAUCUUGUAGACCUGACUGCAGUCGAAUCAACGUAGAAUGACGAUUAGAAUUGACUGUUUUGUGCCUGCAUUUUACUGCACUUAUACAGUGUAUUAUGCAAAUUUGUCCUGUGAUUAUGUUUCGUCCAAGCGUUUUCACAUGUCUGCGCUUCAAAGUGACGUCUUAUAAAGAAAAUCAUCGAAAACUUAUUUAUUAAAUCAUGUCCGUGCAAAUAAACUCGGUAAACAUC